AUGCUGGUUCAGGCUCCCCGCCUGACGAGUUCACUCAGAGGUCAUUACGACGUCGACCAGGCGUACUUGGAGAGGAGAACUCUCCUCAGAGAUUACAAGAGUCAAAGGUUCCAUUCUUGUUUUCUUCUUCUGCGCACUUUUUGUUCAGGAAAGUUGUUCGUUAUCGAAUUUUCCUGCUGAACGGAAACUUGUUUUAGGCGUUUCUAAAUUUUUCAUUAGCUUUUUCUCCUUUUUUGUGUACUUGUUUUAUUGUAUCAGAUCGAAUGCUGAUUCAGAACUUGCUCAGAAGCUGGUCCAUGGAUGGGACGAAGGUAUGCUAUUGAUCUAUACAAGCUGUUAAAACUAUUUAUACAUAGUAUGAGUGUGGGAAAUCAUUUUAUUUGCUAAAGAAUCACCACCAACGGGAUCUUUCCCUACCUUGCCUGUAGUCCCGUUUUGAGUAUUAAUUCUUACUACUAGUUUUCUCAUGCUUAAACUAGUAUGAAACUCCACUAACGUUCGAGUGGCAAGGAGAUGAAAAUGAAUUCGGAUUUUAACUAAUCAGUGUGCAACUUGGUUUUUUAGUUGGAUGAGAUGGUAAUUUUGGAGUUUUUUUUUUGAAAUUUCUUACUCAGAGAAGGAAGAAAAGAAAAGGGACGAAACUAUUGUGAUUUUCCAUUUCUGUCAAACUAGGAUCUUGAUCUUCUUGAUCAGGUCUUCACCCUCCCUUCUCACUGGAGCCACCUAGAAAAUCCCAUUAGAGUAGAUUCAUGAAAAGUCUUACUUCAAUUCACCUCUACACCGGUUUAAAUACUGGUUACAUCUAUAGUGGGCCAAGCCCUCUUAUUUUGAGGAAAGAAAGGGAGAGCCCAUUAAGUAAUCCAUAACUGACUCACCUAAGGGCCCAAAUGGAAGAGAGACAUUACAAUAACGAGAUCCUAGCUUGUCUGACAAUUUUCGUUUUUAUGUUGUUGUUAUUUCAUAAAAGAAGCACAUGCUAUCCAUAUUGGGAACCUUUUUGGCAAAAGUCUGUCAAAAUGGAUGCUGGUUCAACUUUCACAAACUAUUGGCAAUGUGCCAUACCUGUUUUCAGCUGACACAAUGCACCUAAAACUUUGGUCUCUAAUGUUUCGGAUCUUUUACAUUCCUGCACAUCACGGACCUGGGUUUUUGUGGCCGUAUUUUCUAGAAUGGAAACCUACCAUUUUUCAAUUUUUUGAUAUUCUCAAAAUAAUCAUCAAGAAAAUAAACAUCAUUAGCAACCAUUUCUCUAGGAAAGUAGCCUCUAAAGAUGAACGUUCCUAGCUGGUUUGUGACAUAAUCUGUAGAAGAAGAAAAGGAUGCAACUGUGUGAGUAUUGAGGGUUAUUCAAAGCUUUGUAAGCUAAAUGACUUUGGAUGACGGAUGAAAAGUACUCUUUGUACUAUAGGUUACGAAGGUAAAGUAUUAUAUUUGAUAUUAUUAAUGAUGAAUUCAUCCGUUUAUCAUGUCCUUUUUAUCCCAUCCUAUCAAGAAACAUUAUUUAUCAAGAGGACUUAAUCUCUGCUGCUUCUCUUUUUUAGAAUAUGAAUAGUUGAUCUCCCAGAUUUUGAGUGGAUCAUUGGCGGAAUGAACAUUCACUACCUGAGAAAUUUCUUAAUUUGUUAUGGUUAUCUUGAUAUGAAGAAGAAAUCAAUUUAUAAUUUGAUAGGGAGGUCGAAAAAUUAAUGCUAAACAUUGAGUUUGUAGAAAUACGUCUAAUAAAGAAGCAUGAUAAUUUAUGGCUCUCUACCAGGUCUUUUUUGCAUUCAGCUCAAUAAUGUCUUGUUGGGAGACAAAGUUGUGGAGAUGGAUUCCUCGGAGGAACCUCUCUGUAAAAUCCAGUUUAAUCCUCAUGAAGGAGCUGUAGGUUUUGUGGAAUAAUUUAUUUAAGACCCUUCUCUUCCAAUCAACCAUUGUUUUUCUUUAGAAACUGGCUUAUAAAUUACCAUACAUAGUGAGACACUGGAUAAUUUUGAACCAAGAUGUCUAGUAACUGGUGUUUUUCUGUGGUACUUUUACUGUUGGAAAAGUUGUCUUCAAACCUAGAGUGCUAUGAUACAUCACCUCGACAAUCACCCUUCGCAUCUUGACAAUUUAUUAUAUUUCCUUUAUCAUACCAUCAUUUUUUUCGGGAAAAUGACUAUCUUUCUUUCUAUGUGUUAUUCUAUUUGGAGAGAAAUAAGCUGAUAUAGUACAUAUGCUCGCCAUAAGAGAAUAGUCUAGAAACUUCUGUAGUAAACACUGGGAUAGGAAUGGGCUGAACAAUAUAAAUACCCUCCUCUGUGAAUAAGAGGGGGUAUUGUGGUAGAAAGUCACGAGAGGAAAGGGAGAGUGGGGAAUUCUCUCGAAUUAAUUUAUGUCUGUUCAUUGUUUUCUCUAUUUUCUUUGCAUAUAUUGUUCGUUUUCCUUUCUUUGUCCAAGAGGAGAGAAGGGGAUCAUAUCAACUAGUAUCAGAGGAAGUCCCUAGAAGUAUGAACCAAGAAUUGCAGCAAAUCAUCUGGAGACUUUGGAGACCGAUGCAAAACAAAGCAAGGAAGAACAACGACCUAUGAGGGAGGAGCUACAGAAAUCAAAGUUGGAAUUGGUAGAUCUGCUGCAACAAUUCCUUCAACGGAUGUAUGAGAAGAUUGACGAAUUCAAGAACUCUGUAAGUGAAAAUUUGUUAGCAUUAGAAAAGAAAGAUCCAACAGCAAGUAUGGCAUCUCAAUUAGUCAGAAAUUCUCUAGAAUCAAUUCACGACCAGAGCUACCAACCUUGGUGCUGACUUCGAAUCAAAUUUCCGAUGGAAACAGACAAGCAAGGAAAGGAAAUUUAAGCAUCUUCAAAGGAGGUAAUCCUGAAGGAGAAGAACGAAUGGAGAUAAUCAGCUACACUUGGAUGAUAUUGCAUUGGAAUGAUACAUUUGAACUGAGGAUCAAUAUCCAUUCAAGAAAUGGCAAGAUUUUUACAGCCAGCUUGAGAGGCAUUUUGGAACUUCUAAAAUGGGAAACACGUAUCAACGAUUUCUUGAUAUUAAGCAGGAAGGAUCUGUAUCUGAUUAUAGACAAGAAUUCGAACGCUUCUCUACCUUUCUCCUCAAUAUUUUAAAAGAAGUCAUUGAUCAAACAUAUCUAAAAGGUAUGAAGUUGGAAAUUUAGUCAGAAUUGUCCAGAACAAAACCAGUGGGAUUAUUAGAAAUUAUGAACGCCUCAUUGGAAAAGCACGUAUGCACCUUGUGUGAAGCGUGACAUAUCAGUCUACCAAAAAAGAUAGAAUGGAGACACAUUAAAUAUCUGGCUAUACAUCGAGAACAAUAGGAUUGCCUAUGUCACAAGGAAUUCAUGUAUGAAACGAUGAGAGAAGGCCUAAUUCUCCUCAUGAGUCAACAACUUCAGAAAUCAUGUAUAGAUUUCCCUGACUUCCACCUUGAGGACAAGGUGGAUUUGAAUGGGGAGAGUACUGAUAUAGUACCCCUAAAGACAUGUUCACUGUAAGUGAAUAGUCUAGAAGCUUCUGUAGUAAAUAGUGGGAUAGGAAUGGGCUGAGCAAUAUAAAUACCAUCCUCUGUGAAUAAGAGGGGUAUUGUGGUAGAAGGUCACGAGAGGAAAGGGAGAGUGGAAUUCUCUCGAAUUAAUUUCCAUCUGUUCAUUGUUUUCUCUGUUUUCUUUGAAUCUAUUGUUUGUUUUCCCUUCUUUGUCCAAGAGGAGAGAAGGGGAUCAUACCAUAAGCUUUGAGAAAAUUUUGGAACAUAAAGUUGUGGAGACUUCUCUUGCCUAAAAUGUUGUAAUUCAAUCUGUCCUAUAUUUCAUAAAUAGAGUGAUGACAAACAUUAUUACCAUCCUUUCUGGGAGCCAUUUGGUAAAUUAUUGAAUGUGCCUUUGGACUUUGAAAGAAAGUCAAAGUCUGUUAAAAGGCUACUUGUUCAUUGGAAAUACCUGCCAUUAACUAUAGCCAUUGAAAAUUUGCGGCCUUCACUUCUUCAGAAGACCAAGGGAUGGGGAUUCUUUGCAAAUUUCUUCGGUUUCUUUAUCCUCAUAAAAAUUCUAUUUUUUCUUGCUAGAUCAAAGUCUCUUAGUUUGCUCUUUCAUCAUCUUUUUAUGAGAAUUGAUAAUUUGUGACUUCUAGUCUGCUAUAUGCCAACUGUUCCUUUCUGUCAGAAUUUCGUUGAGAUGCUUUCUCUGUAUAACACGUAACAUCCUUAAAUAUUCUUUUUGACAUUCUCCGUUUUUGUUGUUUUUCAUGAAAUAUUUUUUUCGUUUCUGUGCCAUGUUAGCUUCAAGUGAUGUUCGGAAAGCUUAUAGACAAUACCUUGGGGCUGUAGUGGAGUUGAUCAACAAUGAAGUGGUACAUGAGGAAUUUCAGGAGGUCGCAAAAAGAAUAUAUAACUUAUUCAGUGUUAUGGAUUUGGACUCUGGCGCCAGUAAAAUGAUCAAUGAUAGAAAGUAAGUGUGAAAUGUUUUUAAGUUCGGUAGAUUCUCAUUCUGUAUGAAAUUUCGUCACAUAUGUUAGUUGCAAGCCUUUGGUGUGGAUUUCUAUUUUGUUUACAUUUUUUUAUUAGUUAUGGUGAAGGCUAUUCUCACCAUGUUUUAGGCAUAAUUAUGCACUGGCCAGUCCUUUUCUGCGACAUUGCAUUUUCUCACUUCAAAUGUAUCUAAUUUGUUUGAUGUGAUGGACAAACUUUAUUUUGGAUUACCUAUGUGUCAUGUCUGUGAAGGGGAGUAAUGAGUUAGGUGCUCUUCGAAAUCAUUAUGCACAGCUUACGUCGUGUAUUCGUAUAAUCUAGAGAAAUUUCAGUUAUGGAAGAUUCUUUUGACAUAUUACAUCAGUUGAAUCUUCGUUUGCAUGGAAAUUUGAAGUAAUUUAGAUGGUUUUUAGAGGAGCCUCCUUUUUGGAGCAUUAAUGAUAGAAAUUUCAUUUUUCAUUCCAUUUUCAUUGAAAUUUUAUGCAGGGAAGAGCUUGAAAUACUCCUUGGUUGCCCCAUCUCAGAAACGCAUCUAAAGAAAGUGGCUUCGUCAGCUAAAAGACUCUUUGCACUGCAGCAUAGGAACUAUGAGACUUUGGUUUCUGAAGAAAUUAGUCCAGACGUCGGUGAAGAUGAAUCUCGUGAAUUUGGGUCUGAUCUUUUUUUCCAAGCUCCUGCUAGGUUUGUCGUGGAUGUGCCAGGGGAAAGCUGGAUGCAUUUGGAGGAUGGAAUUUCCAUUACUUCAUUUUCACAUUUAGAGGAAGAUGAUAAUCAUAUUAAGACGAGAAACAGUAAUUUUGGUACCAACGGGGAAAGUGUGAACUUGAAGUGGCUAAAGAAUGCUUGUGAUCUGAUAGUCCAAGGGGGUGGUUCACAGCUUUCUGGGGAUGAACUUGCAAUGGCUCUUUGUCGAGUACUUGUGUCAAACAAAGCAGGCGAUGAGGUACUUUUCUUUAUUUGAAGUAUUCCAUAUGGUUUACUGCUUUAUGAUGAGGUACAGUAAAAUGAAAACCUCUUUCUCUGACUUGUGAUGACCUCCAUCAUUUCUGUUGUUAAGAUAGCUGCCGAUUUGUUGGAUCUUGUUGGAGAUGGUGCCAUCGAAACUGUGCAAGAACUUCUAAUGGUAAGAGUCAUUAUUUGAUCUCCAUGAAACAAGCUAUACAGUUAUUGGGGGAACAUGACAUUCUCGUUAUUUUUUAUUUUUGAGCUUUGGAACAUCUCAGUGCCAAUUUAGACUUACAUGCGGUUGAUGAUCUCUGCAUAUAAGUCAGUUAAGAUGCUUGAAUUUUUUACCAAGUUGUUGGAUGACUCUGGCAUCUGCGUCUAAAUGUUAAAUAAUUAUGUGUAUUGGUUUGAGUGUUGAAAUAAUUGACUCACAUUCCUCCAUUUAUUAACCUAAGAUGGUUGCUGACUUUUAAAAGUCCACGUCAGGACCAUGUCCUGUCUAAAAAAUAGGAACUGUGAGAGGAACACGCUCCCCGACUUCUAUAUGGUCGAGUCUUAAGUAAGAAUUAUACUGGAUUUGUAACGAUUUUCCCUACUGCCACACCACCGUUGAGCAUUGUCCAAUGUCAGUACAGCACAACACGCUGUCAUUGAAAAUCAGUUACAGUGUUUCAACAUUGGCAUGAUGUUAAACUUACCUUGGUCUAUUUUUGGAUGGUACAGGUUUCUUUGAAACUAGUGCAUGAAGACAAUGAAAUAUUGACAAAUAACUGGAUCUAAUCUUCUUCUUAUAAGAACUUUGCAGCUCUUACAGAGACCGAAACUUUGAUCUCCCUAUUCUUGUUUAGGCAUUCCCUGCAAAAAAGUGACUAGAUGUCUUCUAAUUCAUGAGGUUUACGCCAGUAACAUUACACACUGGGAAGUCUAUUGCUUAAAACCUGUCAUCUUUUAACCUUUUCAGUUCUUCACAAAAGCCGAUUAGGCUAAAAUUAGUCACUUCUUUGGCCCCCUUUUUGGGAUCAGUAUCAGUUGAAUGGAUCCCAAUGCUUGAUUUUAACAGAUCUGUCUUCGACAUCCUCUACACAUUCGUAAGAUCCUUUUUAAUGAUGAAAAUGUGGCUAAAACCCCAUGACCAUUCAUGCCGGCUUAGCAAUUGUUUGGGCUCUAUUCCGAAGACAACAUCUUUGACUUCCAGACAAUGAAGUUUUACCCUGAUGUUUAUUACAUCUUUCCUGUUUUCUUAGUUGUUUCGUGAAAAAGUAGCAACAAUAUUUGCUUCUGCUCUCUUUUCUCUUGCUGUUAAAUUCAAUUGUUUUUAAUUCCUCAUUGUAAGAUCGUCUGCAAGCAGCUGGAUCACCAAUGCGCUAGUCAUAUUCUUAUCUUUGUAAACACAUGCCUAACGAGAUGAUUGACUGUUUUCAUUUCGAAUUCCACUGUGUUUUAGCUUGAAAAAACAUGCUUUUUGUUUUUCUGUCUAUUGUAACGGUCCCAGUUUGGAAGGAAUGAAUGGCAUCGAUCUUUCCUAUCAUAAGAUUAUAAAACUUACCUUUUCUUUCUGCAGCAUCGUAAGGAUCUUGCAGAUGCCAUUCAUCACGGACUUCAUGUAUUGAAAUCUGAGAAGCCAUCAUUCAAUGGUCAACCACGGAUGCCUAGUUAUGGAAUCCAGGUAUAUCUUGCUUCAUAUUGAAGUUAUCUUUAGUCUGGUUUUUUACUUGUAUGGGUUUUUCGAAUGUUUAAUAUCUGCUCUUUUUUCAGGUCACCAUUCAAACUGAGGCUGAAAAGCAAAUUGAUAAACUUCGGCGAAAGGAAGAGAAACGGCACAAGCGUGCAGCUGAUUAUGGGAAUGAGCAUGAUUUUUCUGAAGAAAAUUUUCUUUCUUUACUUCAGGCCAGUGAGAGAAAACAACCCUUUGAUGACAUAAUUGGAACUGGCCAGGGUACCAAUUCAUUUUCAGUUACCACUCUUCCCAAAGGAACAACAAGGCAUCAUCAUAGUGGAUAUGAAGAAGUUAAGAUUCCUCCUACACCAACGGCACCAAUGAAGCCCGAUGAAAAACUGGUAAUGUUUCCUGAUGAAGGAUGAUUUUUUUCUUCUUUUGUUGUUUGUUUUUACUUGGAUUGAGAAUGUAAGUUUUGACUACCUUUCUCUUCAUUUGGUAAUCGAGCAGAUCACUUAGGCUUUACUGGGCCAAAAUACUCUCGAUUCUGUUGCAUUAUGUGGGGAUCUACCAAGCCAUCUACUGAUCUUUUUCAUAAACAUUCUCGAUUCGUAUGAUUGAAAAAAGUUGAUAAAUAAGUUAUAUAUGUUCCUUAAGAUGAUAUGACAAGCUGUGAUUGAAAAUAUGUGGUAAUUUUUAUGUUCAUCCACACUCUUAUCCUCUAGGUGGUGCAUAGACUUUUCAUUCGUACUUCAGAGGAGGCACAAAGCAUCCAUGCAUGAUAUGUGUUUUCGUUUUAUUACCACAAAUGAUGAACAAGCCCUUGUCUUUUUUUAUUUUCUUUAUAAAUUUAUUGAAACUUGUCAACCAUUAGAUUUUAGUCCUUUUUGCAAUAUCUUAGUCUGACUUAGGUUAACCGUGAGCAUGGUUUUGGUUCACUCAACUAAAAAUUACAUUAUUGUCCAUAAUCAAAGAACAUCUGCGUCACCCAGAUAGUCUUCCUUUCCAUAACAGGAAUAAUGGAUCAUGUUAGGGUGGUUCCCUCUCAGUGAGGUUGUCUCUAGGAAGUAAACAAUUGCGCACCAACUCCCUGAAGAGUGUCAAAUUGUUGCAAAUGUUAGCUUUUUAAACAAUGAUGUCAGUUUUUUUCUAAAAAACAAGGGUGAGAUAUUUUUAAAAUCGAAAGACGGGUGUUUCAUCAUUGUGGAACCUGGGAACCGAAUAUAAAAAAUUACAGUUGAAAAAUUGUAACAUUAUGUCUCACCAAGGGAAUGGAAACCCCGAAAUAAUUUUGGAAACAAGGCUGAUGAAAGGAGUGUAAAAUCGAAAGCCUUAUUAAGGGAAAAUUGAAUAAACAACCCGAUCUGUUCUUCUUCUCCCUGCUUUUUCCAUUUGACCUGGUGGGCAUCUCUUUUGGUCCCAUCAUCCUUUUUUGUAAAAGGAAGUUUUCUUCAUGCCUUUAUCUGUUGGGGAGAGGUCCGAGUUUCGAAGGAAUUGAUUUCAUCAGCAUGCAAAUUUUAGUCUUCCACCGCUCUAACCUGGAAAUUUCUAUCAUACCAAUCCCCAAUUUUAUCUUGAUAAUACUGACUUCUCUGGACAUUUGCAUCUCCAAGUAUAGGUAAAACAUCUGACCUCUCUUUCAGAGCACCUGGUCCAACCAACACCAAGGAUCUACAUCUUUAAUAACAUUUAGUACGUUUUGAUAUUUAUGCACAUAUAGCCUAUUUAUGUCUGGGCUUUAAAUUUUACGGUGAACUCUAUCCAUUGGCAACAGACCUGUCCUGUGGGGAAACUUAUCGUAUGAAUAUUGGUUCUAGAUUUUUUGAAUCAUCAUGUUGGAAUCCAAAGUUUACUAUGGUGCAGACUAAAUUGUGUAUAGAGAAAUGUUUUUGAAAACCUCCGGAUACCCUUCUAAUGUUCCCCAGUGGAAUCGCAUUUGCUGUGGACAUGGGUGACAUCACACACAAUUUGCUAGUUUUGAUAUAAUCUUUAUUUUGGAAUUUGGUUGUUUCGACUGUUAGUAAAAUUCACUGAGUACAUGCAAGAUUUAUUUUAUUUUAAAAAAUGAUUGUUGAAAUGUCAGUAUUAUAGUUUCUCUAAAGUAGAGAGUGGUAUUUACUUGGGUUUCAUGAGACCAUUGUGAUUAUGAUUUUACUUUUCUACACACUUUUAUCAGAUUGAAAUAGGAGAGUUGGACGAGUUUGCUCAGACUGCAUUUCACGGAUACAAGUCAUUGAAUCGUAUCCAAAGCUGCAUAUAUCAGACAACUUAUCAUACAAAUGAAAACAUCUUGGUAAAUUCUAUGGUCUUAAGCUCAUUAUAAUUCGUUUUCUUUCCUUCUGUCAUCAUUUGAUUUGUAGUUUGAUGAAGAGAAUGAAGUAAAGAUCCUUACCAAGAUGAGCAUAAUUUCAGGUUUGUGCGCCAACAGGUGCUGGCAAAACAAAUAUUGCUAUGAUCGCUGUUCUGCACGAGGUGAUUUUCAGGAGCUCCUUUAAGUUCUCAUUUUUUCUCAAAGCUACUGCACACGCUUUCAUUCCUUUGUUGACUGGAAAACAAGUUGCAGCACGAAGAAAUUAUCUCUUUGAACACCUAUCUACCUAAAUUGUACCAAAGAUUUGGAAUAUGGUGCUGACGAUCAUAUGCAUCUUUUAUGCCACAAGUGCUAUAAAUCAUUAGAGAAAUGGUGUAUGUUGCAGAUUAAGCAGCACUUCCAUGAAGGUAUUUUACACAAAAAAGAAUUCAAGAUUGUUUACGUUGCACCAAUGAAGGUAUACUUUUCUGUUCUUAUUACUGUAUUUUGUUUUCUACAUUAUGGUUGUUCUUUAUGUGAUCUUCCACAUCAGGCAUUAGCUGCGGAAGUGACAUCAACAUUUGGUCGUCGUUUGGCACCCUUAAACUUGACUGUUAGAGAACUUACAGGAGACAUGCAACUAUCUAAGAGUGAACUUGAAGAAACUCAGGUUUGUAUCUCUGUCUGAGCAAGUUUUAUUAUAUUGCACAAUUGAAGUCUAGCCACUAAAGCUUUUGUUCUGGUGUUCAGAUGAUAGUGACGACGCCUGAGAAAUGGGAUGUCAUUACCCGCAAAAGCAGUGAUAUGUCAAUGUCUAUGCUGGUGAAGCUCUUAAUUAUUGAUGAAGUACACCUUCUAAAUGAUGAUCGAGGUCCUGUUAUAGAAGCCCUAGUUGCUCGAACCCUCCGUCAAGUAAGUAUGAUCAGGCUUUUAUAUUACUUUAUAUACUUAGAUCGUUUGAAAUUUAUGGGAAGGAGUGUUUAGAGUUCUUUCAUACUUUGAAUUUUAUCCUUGUAGACUUAUAUCGAAUGAUCAUUUUAGUUUCUCUUUUGUUUGGUAACUCAUCUCUAGGGUCACAUCCUAUCAUCUUUGUUGUAGAGAUGCAAACUUCUGCUUAUACUGCAACCAUCAAAACCAUCAUGCAGGAACUCAUUUAAAUGAUAUAAUCGUUUCAAUGUACUUCAUUGAUAUGUGUUUCAUAACAUAAAACAUGGAAAUCCUUAAAUGUGUUUUAAGACAUACAUCCAAGGCAAGGAAUGAAAAUGAUCUCCUUGAGGCAUGAUGGUCAUCACAUUCUCUUGUUACAUAUGGCUUUGUUAACUAAGGCGGUGGGGUACUUUGUAGUGAAUCAUAGAUGUACUAUUAAUACUCUCCUUAGGGUUAUGAUCCAAUGAUGAAGAUUUGUCUAGCUGAAACCCUCGCAAUCACGCACCAUUUUAUCCUUGGUACCAAGGCAACGGAGCUGACUUGAAAACUUCGGUCGUAUUUGGUAUCUCCUGUUCCUGGUGAUGAUGUAUUCUCUUUACUUUUUGCAUCAUAUGCAGUCAUCAUCUAGGGCAAGUUCGGUUGUGUUACUCUUCCAGCACUCAUAAUGUGAUGGGUGUGAAGAUGCUUGAUGUCACCCCUUUUUUGUACAUAUUUAAUGAUUUAUGUGAAGUUUUUUUUCCUUCAGUGCAAUUAUUUACUGCAGGCUCAGAACUGAAGUCAUAAGUGCCUUUUCUUUAAGAAUAAUCUAUUACGCACCUCGGGUGAGUAAACAGCUCGCAGAUGAAUCAAGAGGGAUAAGGGGAAGAUCUUGAUGAAGAUUCAAGAACAAUAAGAAGUGUUCUGAGGUCGGAUCGAUCCUCAAAAUAGAUGAGUUCGAAUCGGAACUCGUCAGGAGGAGAAUCUCCUGUCCAUCUUCUAGGUUUUCCCUCCUCCCCAUUCUUUAGGGCCUUCUCUAUAUAUAUAGGCCUUGGUCCAUUAUUUUUUAGUGGUCCCCAUCAACGUGGGGCCUAGGUCUUCUUUUAAAAACGAUGGUGGGCUUCAUAAUAAUACUUUCCCCUAUGAGUUUCACCUUAUCCACAAGGUGAGAUGUAGGGAACUUUUGAAGGAAUGUCGAUAAUGUCAUCCGAAAUGAUUCAAACUUCGGUAGAUGUUUCCAUUUUAUUAGUAUCUCUGUGCCUUGAAGAGCUGACCUGUGGUCUAUUAUUUCUUAUGGAAUUAAUAUCCAUUCAUGAUCUUCUGAUAAUGUUGGGAGAAUUUGUUAGCUUCUGUCGUAUGUUCUAAGUGUCUUCCUGAGCUGUGUUAUAUGGAACACUAGGUGGUGAGCAGAAUGCUUUGGCAAUUGAAGCUUGUAUGCCACUGGUCCAAUUCUUUUCACAAUAGGAUGCAUACCAAAAUAGUAGGGAUUGAGCUUUUCAUUUUCCCUUUUGGCCAGAGACUUCAUCCGAUAGCAUUUGAUCUUGAAUUCAUAAUGGCCAUGAUGAGUCUUGAAUGUAGUCUUGGACACAUCCUCUUUUUUUAUUCUGAUAUGAUAGUAUGCAGACUUCAAAUCAAGUUUCGAAAAAACUAAUUUCCCAUGUAAUUCAUCGAGUAUUUCAUCCACUAUCGAAAUGGGAUAUGUCAGGAACUGUAACUCUGUUUAGUGCUCUAUAAUCUACACUAGGUCUAGCCUAAUGGUUAUGUGAAGGUUGUAUGACUUCCGCUAAGAUUAACUCUUGGACCAGCUUCUCAAUCUCAUUUUUCUAGAAGUGGAAGUAUUUGUAAGGCCUCAAAUUUAUAAGCCUUGCUCCUAGUAACAGAUGAAUGGCGUGGUCAAUAGGGCAUUUGGGUAGCAACCUUGUCGUCGUUUCAAAAACCUGGGGGAAUUCUUGCUUCAUGCAGAUUUCUAAAUCAUUGGGUGCUCUAGUGUCAUUAUUUGAGCAAAUAUGGUGCAGUUCGACCAUGUAUUCAUUAUUACCCUUAACCUCCUCCCUGUUCUUCCCGGUGACAUACUUGCUUUUGUGAUAUUAGGAUUCCUCUUGAAAAUAUGAACAGUGUCUCCUAUCAUGAAUUUCAUAAUAAACUUCUCGUAGUUGAAGAGAAUCCAUCCCAAGGUUCUCAACCACUGAAUGCCUAAAAUCACAUCCAUGAUGCUCAAUUCUAGAGGUAAGAAAUCCUGUAUUAUUAAGACACCUUGUGAGUGUAGAGGAACAACUUUGCAAAUUUUCGAUCUUAGCGCUGUGUUGCCAUUGCCCAUAACAAUAUUGUAUCCAAAUAACUCUUCCAUCUGCAACAAUAAGUUGCCAAUAACUUUGGUGCGCAAAAAAUUGAGUUGCCACUGUCUAUAAGUAUAGAUACUUCUGUGUCAUGUAUUCUGCCCCAUGAUUUCAUGGUGCUUAUGACCGAAUUUUAGGAUACAUGCAUAGUGAACAACUCCCAUCAGUGUUAGUUAUGACAUGCUCAAACGAUUCCCAACUCUUUUUGAGUAUCUUGUGGUUACUUACAAGACGCUUUGAGGUAAAUGUGUUUCUCUUUGAAGUACCUUCUGUCAAACUCUGAUAAUCCUUCUUGAAAUUGCCCUUGAUACUUGCAUUCUAGAAUUCCCUCCUGUAAGAAUCAUGAUGAUCCUGGUGUGGUUCAUUCCUUAGAGCCAUUUGAUUUCCAGUUAACUCAUUUCUAGUUUUUCGAAAUUCUCAGAGGUGAAUCUCAACUUGGAUUGAUAAAUCCAUAAGCCCAAGAGGUUUAUGAAUUGCCAAUUUAGACUCGAUAUUUUGUUUUAAACCCCUCACAUAUGCAUCUUCUAACAUUUCAGUGUGUACAUGAGGUAGAAAAGUUGCAAUACGUUCAAAUUCAGCCCUAUACUCCCUUACUAAAUUAGUUUGUUGGAGACUCAUUAAUUGUUGCAGUGAACUACCUAUUUCGGAUGUCUUGAAUCGUUUUUUCAGUUGACUCUUGAAGUCAUGCCAAUCACAAAAUGAAAAUCGAUCCUCUAUCUAGAGAUACCAUUCUAGGGCUUCUCCCUUCAUACUUAGCGUAACUUGCUUGAGUUUAUCACGUUCUAGCAAUGGGUUUAGGUAGAAUUAUCUUUCUGCACGCUUGAUCCAUCCCUCUAUGUCGUCCCCUUGGAAAACUAAUAGUUUUAUCCUCUGAGUUACCUGCACCUGGUCAUCAUGAGAGGUUUGAUCUGAAUGAAUAGUGCCGUGAUAUGGUUGUCUCGGUUCUUCUCUUGAAUCUCCAUUGGGAUGCGAACUGAAGUGGGUAUCUUUUGUGGAUAGUUUCUAGGGAAUCUAGUUGAGAUUUUCUCUUUGUUCAUUUAGGGAUUGUUCUUGUUUGGCGCAUCCUUGCUUCAGUGAUGCAAUCUCCUCUUCUAACGAAGCCAUAUGCUCUGCUGUGCCUUGAACGUGGUGAGCAUCCGCUGGCCAAGAUUGGUUCCAACCUGAUUGGUUGGUUGUUCUUUUUGUAGUAGCUCUGAAAAAUCUUCCUCCACUGCUCUGAUUCUGCGGUAAGCGGUGGAGAAGGUCGGCUGAUUGAUAUUGUGGGAAGAAUUACUUCCCGCAUUUUCUUGAAAUCCAUUGCAAUCAUAAUUUAGGAUGUAUAUCUGCCUUCAACCUUGGUAAUCUGAUCACUUCUAGGGUUGCAGUAACAGUAUCUUGCUUCCAUAAUACCGUGUGCCUAUGACAGUUGCUCUAAACUCCAAGAAGCGGCUAGAAUGACUGGCUCUGAUACCAAUGUUACGCACCUCGCAGAUGAAUCAAUAGGGAUAAGGGGAAGAUCUUGAAGAAAAUUCAAGAACAAUAAGAAGUGUUUCUAAGGUCAGGUAGAUCCUCAAAACAGAUGAGUCCGAAUUGGAACUCGUCAGGGGGAGAAUCUCCUGUUCACCUUUUAGGUUUUUCCUCCUCCCCAUUCUUUAGGGCCUUCUCUAUAUAUAUAGGCCCUGGUCCAUUAUUUUUUAGUGGUCCCCAUCAAUGUGGGGGCCUAGGUCUUCUUUUGAAAACAACGGUGGACUUUGUAACAUAAUCAUUCUUCGUGAUUCGUGUCAUACUUUUCUUUUACAGUGGGUUGUCUAAUUGAUCAUUUCAUUAUUGUUAUUUUGACUUAUUGUUGGUAGGUACUAUUUCUUGAACUUUGGAAAUAGUUAAUUAUUUCGAAAUAAAUUUAUUCUUUAGUCUCUAUGUGCCUGUUGCAUAUGCUUUCUGGACAUCGUAUGUCUUCUUCAUCUUAACUGCUCCCUUUGAAUUUGCUUCCAGGUUGAGUCAUCGCAAACUAUGAUCAGAAUCUUGGGACUCUCUGCGACACUGCCAAAUUAUCUGGAGGUUUGUUCUUUUAUGCACGAGUUUGGGCACUGCUGUAACUUCAUUGGUUUCAAUCCGUAAGAUAUUUACUUUCUGAAAAUGUUGUGUCUUUGUUUAACUGCACAGGUUGCGCAGUUUCUCAGGGUGAAUCCUCAGACGGGGCUGUUCUUUUUUGGUCCUGAUUACCGUCCAGUGCCACUAGCGCAGCAAUACAUUGGCAUAACAGAACAGAAUUUUGGUAAAAGAAAUCAAAAGUUGAAUGAAAUUUGUUUUUCUAAGGUAUCUGAAUCAUUCUCACUCUUAUUAAGAUGUGUUGAAGUGUCAAAUAUUGCUAUAGUUUUUUUUAUUAUGCACAAUUAAUGACCAGGUUGUGGAGUCAUUGAAACAAGGUCACCAAGUGAUGGUUUUUGUUCAUGCUCGCAAAGAUACUGGGAGAACCGCAAAGACGAUGGUAUAUUGUGAUGUUUUGUUGAAAAGUUGUUUAUUUUUAAUCAUGUGAACUUAGUAUGCUGUAUUACUCCUAAAUCAUGCGUGAGUGCACGUUGCCAAUAUCACUCAACUGAAUCCCGGGUAAGCACACUGUUUCCCUUUGCUUUCUGGAUGUCUUGAACAGAUAUUGACUUGAUCAAACGCCUUGUCCUUUAAAUUGAAAUGUUAAUAGUUCUCUUGUAGCAUGUAAAACAGUGGUGUUGUUGUGCAAUAUUGCUUUUUUCGUUGUCUCUCUACAUGAAUAUUAAGUUAUUUCACAGAGAAAAUUAUCUCAAUGUAAACCUGAGAUGGAUCUCUGCAUUAAAAACGGUCUAGAGAUGAAGGGAACUCGUGAACUUAGCUUUUACCCUUUAGAACCUCUUUUAGGUUCUAAUUGAUGUCUUUGUUAGUUUUUCCAGUUUUAUAUGACAUCUUUUCUCGUAUGAUGUGAUGGAAAUUCCAAUUGUAGAUUGUUUCUUACAAUCCUUACGUUCUAUUGAAACAGACCGAAUUUGCACAGAAGGAAGAUUGUGUAGACCUGUUGAAGAACGAGGAACACCCUCAAUUUCACCUGAUUAAGGUUGCUCAAUUUUCAUUAUUUAUGUUUUUUUUUACAAUAUAUAAGGUAGCAUAUCUCAUUUAAUCGUUGCAGAAGGAGGUUAACAAAUCUAGAAACAGAGAACUUGUUCAAUUAUUUGAAUUUGGCAUUGGUAUUCAUCAUGCGGGGAUGCUAAGAUCUGAUAGAAACUUGACUGAGCGUCUUUUCUCUGAUGGUCUAUUAAAGGUAUGUUUAUGCGUUAUUUUGAUUUUUCUGUAUCUCUGACAUUAGAUUUAGCACGCUACACUUUUAUUGUGUUCUAGGUUCUUGUGUGCACUGCAACUUUAGCUUGGGGAGUAAAUCUACCAGCUCACACUGUCAUCAUAAAAGUAAGUUUUAUCAAGGCUGUCACAUUGUCAUGUUUUGCAAUUUCUUGAUCCUCCAAGGUAAUUGUUAGUGUGUGCGUGGUAAUAGCUUGGAUCAAUGCCAGCUAGAAGAUAUUUAUCCGAAGAUUAUCCAGUAGUUGUGUUCAUCCAUGUUAAUAUGACACGUAGAUAUUAAUUUGAUUUGAGUAUCUUCGAGAAGGCCCACUAGUUUUUUCCUUGGCUUGAGUAAAGAAAAAAAAGGAAUAGCCUAGAAGGUACGUUAGAUUGAACCUUGGGUGUCUGAAUGUUCAGAAUUGCUCCCACCUUGGGAGCCUAGUCGUAGAGAGUGGCUAGCCAGGCCUUCCCAAGGAGACCCCGAUUUUGAUAGUGCAUACCCUUUUGUGUUCAAUACACAAAAGCAAUAGACUCUCUACUACUAGGCUGAGAUGAUGCCGUUUUUGUCAGUGUAAACUUUUCUCAACUGUAAGUAUAUGGUUGUGCAUCAACUAUAACACAAAAUUGCUUCUUUCAAUAGAAGCAAAAUCGUACAUGAAGACACGAUCUACAGUCUCAGCCACCAGAUUAUGAGGCGUAAAAUCGGUUGUAAGUUAUUGACAGCGAAAAAUCAAAAGGCAUACACCACAAGAGGGAACGCAAACUUUAUAGUGAUUUGGACAAUCUUAGAUCUACUCCACUCCCAAAUCUCUCCUCUAUAUCAGUCAAAAUCUGAUACAACCAAGUUGACCUUAUUAAGGUACCGAUUAAGCCUCUUUAAAGCCUUACUCUGUAAAAAACUUAAAGAAACAAUUGUGAAUGAAAUAUAACACUUACAACUCUUCUUAUAUGGAUCAGGAUGUCAUUGCAAACAACCCCUCGCUUAGACAGGGUGCCUUUGCAAUAUUAUGAGCUGAUGGUACUUUUAGGAUUUCCAAGAUUGAUUCAUAGAAGCUUGAGAAUCUCUCCGUAGUCUUUUAUAGUUAAAGACUCUCCUCAGGCUGUGGCAGAGGGUUGCUCCUCCAACAGCUAGAAAACAGUGCGAUUCACUGUUUUUUUGGCUUCAUUUGAGUAAAUUAGCUAUUGGAAAAUCACCAGAGUCAACCUUUAAAAGUAUUAGGUUGACUCUUCAGACCCAUGUCAUUUUCAAGAGUUAACCCUUUUUUUGGGAGUUGGCGCUUCAUGCUUUUCUUCAACCGCAAGGGUCAACUUGAGAGUUGAUCUCUGUGAAAUUGGUUGCUAGUUUUCCUCUCACAUCACCAGAAGGUUGACUCUUUUGACCAAGCUUGAUAGUUUUGCCAUAGUUUUCGUUGGAAUCGACUCUAGAGUCAACUUCAAUGAAAGCUUGCUAGUUUUUUCUUCUAUUACUCACGGGGUUGAUAUUUUAGUUUAGAUUUAAGUGGAAAUUAAAUUUUGUUUUCUUUUAUAUAUUGUCUUUUAACUGUGAAGUAUCAAUUCUUUAUCAUAAAGCCUUCAUUUUUUUGCCAUUUCUCUCUUAUAAAGCCUUAGCCUUCAUUUCCUUGCUUAAAACUCAUGCAAAAUAUCAACACAUUGUGUAAACAUUGAGUUUUUUUAAUAAUCAUCAAAAUUCAUUUAUUGUUUUCUACAAAUGGGAUUUUCUUGUUUUUCGUCAACUCACAACUUUUCUGAUGAAACAUCCACCUAGAAAAACCCAAAUCUCCAAGGUUAGUGUUUGCAUACUAUUUGACUUGUUCAUACUUCAUCUCAAAAAGGUUUUUAUAUGCAUACAUUCCCUUAUCACUUUGUUAUCCUUUUUUGAGGGCCAGGCUUGCCCAUUUAAAUUAGUUCUUCGUUUUCUUCUUCUUUCCAUUGCCCUGUGGAUUAGGCAAACACGUCUCCUUUGGGUACAUCAAGAUUUAUACUGGCUCAAUAAUUAAGUUGUCCUGUUGUCCUUUGGCCCAUUAUAAUGUUGCUCUAAAGUGUUGUGCUCAUCUUCUCUAUCAUCCAUGUGUCUCAAUUGAUGUUCAUCGUCCAGCAUUUGCUAAUUGUUACACAUUAAAUCAAGCACCAGGAAGUUAAUUACUAGUUUUUGCUUGUCAAACACCACAGCAAGUAUAUCAAAACAUCAAUGCGUCAUGGGAAUUCAUGUCAAUUAUGUCUCAACAGGACUUGCAACUCUUGACUUUUUUGAGUUCACCACAUUAUUGUUUAUCUUAAGGAGUCUAUAAUUAAAACCAAGAUGUGGGGUGAAUUAAUAUUUCGUUUGUGUUUAGGGUUAAUCGUUUUAGAUUAAAUCAUUACAUGCGAGGUGUGUUGAGUCAGAUCAACUCAUUUUGCUAGUGGAAAAAUAGACUUAAUGAUAAUGUAGUGGUUAGGCUUCCAACUAACUCCACCCUAAAAAGGUUCUAAUAUUUCUUAGGAGUAAAAAUGCUGAGCAUUGAAGCAUCAGGUUGUUUAAACAUUAUAUUUCUUGCUCUAGGUAGUUUGCCAUUAUACAUCUGGCGCUAGGUCACCAUUUCUAGAUUCACAACUUUAAAAUGAAGCCUAUGUACUCUCAAGAGAUCCAUCUAAUUAUAUCUUACCACCAUAAAGAUCCUGUUCAAAUAAGAAAUGUGAGCAUAUCAUAUAGAUUUGAGAACUUUAACAUUUUUAACUUGUGAGAACAUGGGCCAAUGGAUAGAUUUUCAAACUUUUUGCAGCAUCUGAGUCUCUCAUAUAAAAUCUCUUGCGCAAGCAGGGUUUACAACUAAAUUUGAAACCAAUUCCAUGUAUAUAGGCAUAUCUUCCCAUUCUUCAUAGCCCAAAAGGCUGGUAAUUCGCUGCUCGUAGUCAUUCCAACAGCAUAUUUGCUGGUGUUGUUGUAGCUUGUUUUUUGUUUAUUUUGUUUUACUGAAUCUUUGUGUAUUGGAUGAGGGAAAUUAAUUUUCUAAAAUAACGAAAAAAAGGAACAAAACAGCCAGAAUGAAUUCCAAAUUUUUAUUAGAUAUUUCUUUAGAGUAACUACAAACUAAUAUCCUUAUAAAAACAUUUUAAAUUUUGUAGUGUAAUAAUAUAAAUUGAUUAUUUUAUAUAAUAUGAAACAAUAUAAAACGUUUUGAUCAAUAUCGAAACAAUAUUGACUCAAGAGUCAGUAUUCGUUAUGCUCCCGAAUUGAUGUCAUGACUAAAUAGUGUUACUUCCUCUAAGCACUUGAUCAUCAUGCAUGUUAUAAUAUUUUUGGGUUAUUGUAUGCAAUAUGCAUCCUGUUUUCUGGCAGAUUUUCUUGUUUAUGUUUGGCUCUUUAGGAUGUUGGACAUGUCCUUAUUUUUUCCAUCCCUCAGUAGGGAUUGGAGGUCCGCACGACCCAUGUUUCAAUUAAUUUUUUCGCUGGUGUAUUCUGUGUAAAAUUACUGUAGGGAACCCAAAUAUAUGAUCCGAAAGCUGGAGGAUGGCGGGAUCUUGGCAUGCUUGAUGUUAUGCAGGUCAGAUGCAUACUGUCCCUUCCUUUUUUGAAAGGCUACCAUUCAUUAUAGCUCUAUUGUGAGAAGAUAUUGUUUGUGCAACAUUUUUGUUUUUAGAUAUUUGGACGUGCGGGAAGACCUCAAUUUGACAAAAGUGGAGAAGGAAUUAUUAUCACGACUCAUGAUAAAUUGGCUCAUUAUUUACGGUUGCUGACAAGUCAACUCCCCAUAGAAAGUCAGGUGCUAUUUUAUUUCCGCGUUUAAUUAAUUGACUUACAGAAGUUUUCCAUUUUCAAUGUUUAAUCCUUCGCUUCUCUGUUAUCUACAUUCUCAACAUGGGACAACUUGAAACAUCUACGACAUACCUUAGAAUUUAUGCUAACAGUUUUUAACUUUAUAAUUUCCCUGUAAUCUUUUUUGGUGUUCCAAUCAGCUUUCAUAGACCACUGCAUCCUUUAUCAGCCUGUGAUGUCUUGGUGUUUUUAGUUGUUUCAUUUUCAUUCAGCAUUCAUAGGUUCAUCUGGCAAACACUGCCUUCACAUUUUCUUUUUAUGGAGUUUGUGUCAUACUGUUUUGUAACUCUCUGAGAUAUUAAGUUCUGAGUUGGUGCUCUUCUUUGUCCCAUCUAUAGGAUAUCCAUUCCCAUGCAUGAAUUAGUCAUGUUCUGAAUUAUAUAGUAAUUCUGAUUUGUUCAAUCUUCAUGAAACAUGCAGUUCAUCAGUGCUUUAAAGGACAACUUGAAUGCAGAGGUAGCCUUGGGAACAGUGACUAACGUUAAAGAAGCUUGUACUUGGCUUGGGUACACAUAUCUGUUCAUAAGGAUGAAGACCAAUCCUUUGGCUUACGGUAUUAGCUGGGAUGAGGUAUUGUAUAACUUGGGCAUUCUCGAAUGGUGGACAAUUGAUCAAAUACUUUGUAAUGCUUAUAAAAUGACUGUCUUGGGUCAAGGAGAGAGGAAAUUUUUUAAAAAAAUUAACGUGUUGUUUAACCAGGUUAUAUGACAUGCUAAAUAAAAAAGCGUUUUUUAUUGUCAAAUAAUGACAUCCACGUUGUGUUCCUUCUAUUUACUGUUUCUCUGUAAUUUUCUUUAAUUUUAAAAUUCUCUGUUUCGUCUUCUUGAGAGUAUCACUUGUCUGGGCAAGCCAAACUUUAGUUCGGUUAAUCAGCUCUGACAUUAUGGCUGACGGUUCUCCAGUCAUCCCUUGAGAAAUUUGGAUUGGUCUCAAUUGUUUCAUUUUUAAAAAAAGUAAAUAAACUGUACAAUGUGUAAGUUAAACUUAAAUCACCUUGGUGUCAAUGCCUACAGGCAUUCUCGAGUUAAAUUCACUUGCUUUGCAUCCAUGAGAUAAAUGCAUGAAUACGUUUUUUACAUUAUAGCGUCUUUACAAUUAGGAGUAGGAGGAAGUGAUGUCUUGUUGUGUAUUUUAUUUUAUUUCGUUUUUUUCAUUUUAAGUAUGAUUUUGCCAUUUGUAUGGAUGUUUUUAUGACAUUCUUUCCUUGGACCCGAUGAUGAUUUGGUUUGGAUAGCCCAUGGCUGACUAUGUUGGCCAGUCCCGUUGUUGAUUAUGCUCUCACUCUGAAUCCGUCCAUCCAGUUCACCUUCGUAACCAAAGAGUCACUUUACCAAAGAAUAGUCAAGUACAAUAUAACAAUGUUGGGCUGGGACACUAGUACCAUCCGAAUCUCACCCUUGGCUUGUAGUCUUGGGAGCUUCCGCAAUCUUCUGUUUGGCGAAUCAAGGCUCAUGUUUCGAUAGAGAACAAAGUCCCUGGGAAGAACCGUAAUAAUUUACUAGUUCAACUUCAAAUCAAUUGAAUUUUAUGAAAGUUCUUUUCUGUGAAAAGAGAGUAAUUGUGGAAUGCUCCUUAUUUUUUUGUCAUUGUGGUCAAUUUGCUUUGGAUCAUCAUGAUGGGAUUCAAUUGUAUAUUCUGGCUCAAUUUCCGAAGUUAUUAAAAUGCGUACUGGUUACACGUAUGUACUAACUGGCACUUGGGGAGACAAUUUUUUAUAAAAAGUGAGCUAAAUUGGGAGUUUGGAGGGUGCUUGAUAGUCUAACUCAUGUCUUGAAGACCGGAACCUAAUCAUUAUGAUUUUAUAAAGAAUUUUAUCAUCAAAUUUUAUUUUGAUGAUGUGACUUGAUUUUUGAGCCAGAUUUCUGGUCUUAUUUUGGGUCUGUCAGAGAUUUGACUCCCAAUCUACGUGAGAUUCGUUUUGAGGCUUAUAAAUUAAGACUUUGGAAGAGAGUAAUUUUUUUAAAAGAGUUUAAUUAUCACAUGAGUUGGAUGAAUGGUUUUAAUUUUGAAGAAUCAGUUUAAUAUGAUGAGUUUUCUCACUUUCCCGAUCUAAAAGUGAUACAGUGGAGGACAGCCCUAUUUGAAGAUUGUUCCCUAAAAUACUUGAUUGUCCUGAUAUCACUUUUCAUAUUCUGAGAUAUAUAAGUUCAAUGCACUCUUUCAGGUCAUUGGGGAUCCUUUGUUGAUUUCCAAGCAAAAGUCUCUUGUAACUGAUGCUGCACGUGCACUUGACAAAGCCAAAAUGAUGCGGUUUGAUGAGAAAAGUGGAAAUUUCUAUUGCACUGAACUUGGUCGAAUAGCCAGUCACUUUUACAUUCAGUACACAAGUGUUGAAACUUACAAUGAAAUGCUUAGGCGCCACAUGAAUGACAGUGAGGUAAUUGAUGGAAUUUUUAAUUUCUAAUUUAUUAUCAAAUAAUAUUUUUUAAAGUUUACCAUUAUCUAUUUGCUUCAUUUCAGAUAAUUAAUAUGGUGGCUCAUUCCUCGGAGUUUGAGAAUAUUGUUGUCAGAGAUGAGGAGCAGGACGAGCUUGAGAAAUUGGUUAAAACAUCAUGUCCUGUGGAAGUUAAGGGUGGUCCUUCUAAUAAGCAUGGGAAAGUUGCAAUCCUUAUUCAAGUGAGAUGCUUUCUUUUUGUAAGCCUUGCUUGAAUCAAACUUUCGGUAGCGUUUAUCAUUAGUGUUUGAUAUGCACUUAAACGAUUUGCAGGUGUACAUAUCAAGAGGUUUUAUAGACAGCUUUUCGUUGAUAUCAGAUGCAACUUAUAUAAGUGCAAGUUUGGCUCGUAUUAUACGUGCACUAUUUGAAAUCUGUUUGCGGCGAGGAUGGUGCGAGUUGACAUCUUUUAUGUUGGACUACUGCAAGGCUGUGGAUCGGCAAAUUUGGCCACAUCAACAUCCUCUCAGACAGUUUGAUAGGGAUUUGUCAGCUGAUGUCUGUUCUUUAGUUUAAUACUCUACCCCGUUGCACUUUUCUCAAUCAUGAUGUAAACUAAACUUGUCUUUUUAUUUGUAUUUCAGAUCCUGAGGAAGCUAGAAGAGAGAGGUGCAGACUUGGAUCGUCUUUAUGAAAUGGAGGAGAGUGACAUUGGUGCACUGGUCCGUUAUAUUCCUGCUGGGAAGGUAUUCUUCUUUGGCCACGAAAAUUUUUUUACAGCCUAUAUAUAGUAUAAAAUUGACUUAGACUUUUUAUUUUUUUUUAUUUUUUUUUAAUGAAAGCUUGUCAAGCAAUGCUUGGGGUAUUUUCCGUGGAUCAACUUGUCUGCUAACGUCAGCCCAAUUACUAGAACUGUUCUCAAGGUAUUCUUUGCAUUGGGGCUCAGUCUAAUCGCAUCUAUAUUAAUUUAGGUUAUCAUCAUAGAUCUAAUUUUGUAUUACCUGGUAAUCUCAGGUUGAUUUGGUUAUUACUCCAGAGUUUGUUUGGAAGGACCGUUUUCAUGGAGCUGCCGAACGUUUUUGGAUCCUAGUGGAGGUAAUAGGAAUUGCAGUAUUAUAUUAUGUGAUUUUUUUGUGACAUGUGAGUAUUAUAUUGUUUUCCACUAUAACUCAGUGGUUCAUUUUUAAGAAAAAUGUGUAUGAUCGUUUUCUGCAAUGGGAGGGUUUUCUUUUUUCCUAACUUGAUCAAUAAUCCAAGACGUUGUCUGAUGCGUGGUUGCUUCGUAGCUGAUCAUGAAAUGUAAACUUAGAGACAGGUUGUAAAUGGGAUUAAAAUACAAAUAUAUUUUUUCUCUUUUAUUGUCUAAUUUUCGGGUAAACAGGAGUGUAAUUAGAGAAUCAAUUUUGUGAGAGGUUACUGUCCCCAGUUCCGUGAAUUCUGCUUUUCACUAUGUGAAUUAAGUUGUGAUAUAUUAAAUGUGUUGAGAUCGCAGAUUGAAUGAGACAAUUAGAGCACAGGCAUAAUGAUACUCAGGAGUGAGUUAUUUUGUUUUCAUCAACCUUUUGGUUCUUGAUCGAAUUUUCGAUUUGUCUGUGAUUAAAAUUGUUCACCACUCAUUUGAAAACCUGAUGUCCAUAUAUCAUCCUGAUCUGAUGUGCAUACAAGACAGUGUUGCAACUUGUCAGAGGUCUUAGCUUAACCACCAUUAAUUUGACAAUUCUGAUCUUCAGUAAGUUGAUACACUCAGAUUCGUAGCCAAAGUUGUUGGCUGUGCAUUUUUUUUUUAAUCUGUAGAUUCGAAUUUAUGGACCUCCUGAGAUGAUAACGCGUGUUUGUUAUCCUGCUUCCUUAUUUCUGAAUAUUAGCUUUUUUUGUUGCUUAUUUACCUUUACCUUCUUCUCGUCCCCCACCCAUUCUGUCUCACCCUAAAUGGAAUGACUCUCCUAGUUACUUUUUAUCACAUGCAAACGGAAUCACCCAAAAUGCUUCCUUUUUUAUCUCUCCUAGUUGUUGACCCGAGUCGCAAGUCCACUUUAUCCGCCCACAACCUGGUUUUGAGAGACACUUUUGGACUUUGCAAUAAUGCGACCCUUCCCCACACAGAUGACCUGGGAUGGGUUCUUCGUAGCCACAUUAUGCCGUUUGUGUUGAACUCUCUAGGAUUGUUUUUCCUUUCUAUCUGUUUCUUUUCACUGUAUUUUCGUCCUUCUCUGUUAAUCGCUAUGUUAAGUGGAUCCAUUAGAUUGUUAACGGAUCCACUUAAAGACAUGCAAUGGGCCUGGCCCAUUAACUCAUGUAAACUGUACUCAAGCGGGAAACCAAGAUAAUUGAUGUAAGAUUUUGGGAUUGCGGAAAUUCUGCUCCAAGAAGUGGUGACUGAUUCAUCUUCCUGAAAGAGGAGGAUCGUGAAGAUCGUAUCCUUUCAUUCUCUAAGUUGCAGGAAUCUCAAUCAAGAUCAAUUCUCAACAGUUUGGUUUAGAUUAAGCAUUAUAAGAAAUUCUUACCAAUGAAUGAACCGGCAAAGAAAUUGUUAGAAUUGAUGAUCUAGUCGAGUUAGCUCUAGCUUCCUAACAAAAAUAAAGAUAAUUAGGGGAGAACGCGGGAAUAAAUGAGUGUGUGACUUGUUAUAAUCGAAAAUGGAUCUGUCAUCUUGAUAGAGAUGAUUCUCCCUCGUCAGAUAUGUAUAUUUAUUCUAGUCUUCUAGAGAACGGAAUAUAUCAAAUAGAUCAAGAAAAUAAAUAUUUUAACUAUGAUUCAUGCCUACUAUUCAAACCUUUUAGCUAUAAUGAAGAUCUCAAAGGUCUUAUCGCUCUUCUGCUUCAGCUGAGGCCAAUGUCGAUGUCCUAUCUUUAUAAUUCUCCAUCUGCAAAAGCACGAAGACGAAGCUACAGCACAGAGCGCCACCCCCCACAACUGAGAUAGACAGAUAUAUAGAUAAUGAAUUUGGAGAGAGAGAGAGAGAGAGAGGAAACUAGUGGAAAAAAAGGAAAAAGAUCUAAGUUGAGUGCAAUGAUGGAUGCGUGUGUGGUUCAGAAUAUUUCCCACAUCAAGACAAUGUGAUAAAGUCAAGUUCUUCUUUUGGUGCCUACUUUGAAUGUUUUAUAAUAAUGUGUUCUUAAGUUUUGGUGAUGACUGGCAUUGCAUUAUUGCAUUGUGUCUCCCCAUCUCAAAAGUCUAUAGUUUUCUUUUCAUGCGUUGAGUAUGAUUCUAUUUCAAAUUCUCAUUUAUUUUGGAACAGGAUUCCGAGAACGACCACAUUUAUCAUUCUGAGCUUUUCACAUUGACAAAGAAGAUGGCGAAGGGAGUAACUCAAAAGAUUUCGUUCACUGUACCAAUCUUUGAGCCACAUCCGCCCCAGUAUUUUAUUCGUGCUGUUUCUGAUUCCUGGCUGCAUGCAGAGGCAUUUCAUUCAAUUUCUUUCCAUAAUCUCACAUUGCCUGAGGUAAUUUGUUUCCUGUUUACUAAUGUGUUUUUGAUAAUAUAUCGUGUCAAUAAUCAAUCGAGCUUCUUUCAGACUCAAAUGUCACACACGGAGCUUCUUGACUUGAAACCUCUCCCCAUAAGCGCUCUUGGAAAUAAGCAUUAUGAAGGCCUUUAUAUAUUUUCACACUUCAAUCCAAUACAAACACAGGUCUGUAAUAUAGUGUGCUUUUCUACUGAGAAGUUUGUUGAUUCUCUCUUUCACUGGCGAUUCACUUCAUUUUUCUAGUGGUCGACUUAAUACUCCAAAAUAACUUUUUUCAGGCAUUUCAUGUGCUGUAUCACUCGGACAGUAAUGUUCUCUUGGGUGCACCAACAGGAAGCGGAAAAACUAUUUCAGCUGAAUUAGCAAUGUUUCGUCUGUUCAACACGCAGCCAGAUAUGAAGGUAUAUAUACAUUGUAGCAAUACUUUCAGAGGAAUAGAUUCGAACUGUAUUAAUAUAACACUCUCGCAGGUCAUUUACAUUGCUCCUCUGAAAGCACUUGUUCGUGAAAGAAUGAACGACUGGAAGAAAAGACUAGUUUCUCAACUGGGCAAGAAAAUGGUAUGAUAUGAACUUUUUAAUGUAAUAGAACAAUAAGAAAAAAUGUGUAAGUGUUUAUGAAGGCGCAACUAAAAGAGCGUUGAUGUUAGGUUGAGAUGACUGGUGAUAUUACUCCAGAUCUAAUGGCACUGCUGUCGGCUGACAUCAUAAUAUCCACUCCUGAGAAAUGGGAUGGUAUCAGCCGCAGUUGGCAUAAUCGAGCCUAUGUGAUGAAAGUGAGUCUCUUAAAACCCUUUCUUACUUAGAACUUUCGAACGUGGGCUGAAAACUAGCUGAUUCCCGCUACUAAUGUCGAAGAUAACUUACUGUUACCUACCUUUCCUUUAUUUAUUUGUAGAUAACAGAAAGGAAAAGCUUGUGUUACUCGUCAACUUGUUGAUUUUCUCUCAUCAUGAGAGUUGUAACCUGUGGUAAAUUAAACUGAGUUAAAUCUAAUUAAAUUGAGUUGGUUAAUGAUUGCUAUCUGUUUGCUAUGUUAAUUUUUUUUCACCAUCAUGCUUUUCAUGUUCGAAUCGUCGUAAAAUUAUUCAUUUUUGCGCAAAUUUAAUCAUUGGGAACCUAUUGUCUAUAGUUGUAUUUUAUUUUUGAUGUGCAAAAAACUCAUUGGUAUAGGUAGGACUAAUGAUUCUGGAUGAAAUUCACUUACUUGGAGCCGAUCGGGGACCCAUUCUUGAGGUAUUUCUUAAUGAAAUCUUCUCAUAUAAAUUCCAUGUUUCAAUGUGGAAGCUGAAAUGCAUGUUCUUUUUAGUGUAAUAUGAGAAUUAUUUUUAUUUUUCUCUUUGAUCCUAACUGUAUCACUUACUUUGUCAAAGCAUAAGUAGAUUCUAUGAUUUGGUGAAAGUUAACAUAAACUGUCUGGACAAUUACUUUCCCCUCUUUGAAACAAGAAAGGAAAGUGGAGUUCAGAGUCUCAUCUACUCAUUCCGAAUAUGGGGUUACUUUUUGGUGGUUGGAUAGUAUCAGGUGUUCGUGAAAAUUAAAAGAAAAAUGGGUAUACUAGUAGAGUGGCAAUUCUUUAUAAAACAAGCCUGUACAUAAACAUUAUAGACGACACUAAUGUGAUAUAUACCAAAUUACGCAUAGCUCUCCCAAAAUGAUGCAAUACAACUCUCCACCUUUCAAAAAUUUGUCAUUAGAUUCCGCCUCACUGUUUGAUCUUCCCUGCUCCUUGCAGUUCAGAUAGCUGAUUCAUCUUGCAUGCCCAUGAUUCCACCACAUCACUAUGCUUGUGUUGCUUGAGCCUCGUGAAGCUCUGCACCUGAAGUUGCUCUCCAAUUUGAGUACCAUACUGUGUCGUGACACAUUCUACAGCCUAGGCUUCCUGCUAGGAACUUCAACCACUGUAUGUAGGGCACUACUCGUCUUAGUUCACUUUUUUUGCUAUAUCAUAUCAUGGGCUAUAGUUGUCUUUAGCAGACAAGAAGUACAUGCUUCCUGAUGGUAUCUUCCCCAAGCUACCUGUUUAAUAACAGUGAACAGUAUCUUCAACCAACACCCUCUCGUUUGAUUGCUUACCCAUGGAAUGACAUUAGUAUACUAGUAUGCUUAAUCCAGUUGACUCCUAUUUUCUGCAUCUACAGUUCCUCUUUACGUGAUGCAAUGCACACUGCUCUAUGCCGCACUAGACUUUCAGCACUAGGUAGGAUAUGUCUGUAGCAGCGGAUAUAAUUCAGUAAUGGAAAAUUGGUAGGUUGAGGCACCCAAAUAUCUUUAGAGUUAUCUUUUUUUUUUUGUUUGAUGAUGAAAUCGAAUAGAAAAAUCUGGCAUCUUGGUUUUCUUUAUGGUAAUGAUUAUAUGAUAUUUUUCCUUCCUGUAUUCCGUUGGGCAAUUUGUGGUUAUUUAAGUAUCUUUCUUACUCUAAUUAGCUUAUGCUUUAGAAUUGAUGUAUAUUUCAGGUUAUUGUCUCCAGGAUGCGUUAUAUAUCCUCACAAACAGAACGUGCAAUACGUUUCAUUGGCCUAUCAACAGCUUUAGCAAAUGCUGGGUACACUGUUAUUUCGUUCAGUCAUUUGGAGUUUUCAUGAAUAUUUUACUGAAGUAGAUGCCACCUUAAAAUUCUGGUUUCCUGGCUAGCCUGUGAUCGUCGUGAGCUGAAUGGAAUAUGCGGAUGAUAAGACAAACUUUUAAUGCAGCAAAUAGCUGUGCAAUCCGUACUUUGGCCUUGAGUUGCUUAUUUGUCUAAUUUGAUAAUGUUGAAAGGUUUCUAUCUUUUUAAAGGUGACUAGAGUGAUAUGCGGAUGCUGAAAUACGUUCACACCUGUGGUAUUUUCAUAUGCAGUUAUUUUCGAAAAUGGCAGCCGUAAAAAUUUACAAUUUAGUUAAAACAAUGUUUUGUAAUUCACCAUAAUCUAUGUAGUAAUUAAAUGGGACUCUUGAAAUAUGUAAAUCCAAUAAGGAUCGCGCAUUUCUUGCUGGAAAUUUUUCUCAUAGAUAUAAGGUUUGUCUAAAAGCAUAUAAAUUAUAUUCAUUGCAAGAUAAUUUAUUGAAUUAUUUCAAUGUUCUCUAGGCGUUUAAUGUCUUGUCUAUAUUUGUUUCUGUUGAAGAUAAAAUCAUGUCUGAUGUGCUGAAUCGUGACGACGGAGCCUGCAGAGAAAAAUACUCUUAUUUGAAAGGAACACAAAAAAUUACAUUUCAGAGUGUGUCUGCUAUUUAUAACAGACCCUGGAAGGUUCUGGAGACAGUCACAUAACUCGAAAUAUACAAGGCACAUCUCGUCAACACUCACCCUCAAGCUGACGAGUGGAUGUCAUCCAUUCCCAGCUUGAGAAUAAUCUCUUGUAAUUGUGUGUGCCUGAGAUGCCUUUAGGAAGCAUAUCCGCUAGUUGAUUGUGUGUCAAGAUGCAUGGCAUACAAAUCAAAUUUCGUCUGUUCUCUUAUUCGAAUGGAACAACGAAAGUUACAUUUCAAAGGGAGUGGACACAUUCUCUUAUUCUCUUAUUCUCUUAUUCGGAAGGUUCUAGACACAGUCACGUAACUCAGAUAUACUAGACACAUCCUGUCAACAGUUUUUACACAUUAUCCUAUGUGUCUUACAUGCUAUAUUCCAAAUGACCCAUACGUUAUGCGUUUUGGAGUAUGAUUAUUUUUAUAUUAGUCAGAUGAUUAUUGGAAGCUUUCUUUGUUUUCUUCUGUGUUGACCUUGUCAUUUGUGAUUUCAGUGACUUGGCCGAUUGGUUGGGUGUUCGAGAUAUUGGGCUGUUCAAUUUUAAGCCUAGCGUGAGGCCUGUGCCGCUUGAAGUUCACAUACAGGCAAGCUAAUGCAUCUAUUAAUGGCCUCUUGUAUAUUUUUUAGAUGCGUCCUUAGUUUGUCAGUCAGAUACAAGCUACGGAAGCUGGACCUUCCACUUCACUUGUAUGAUUAUGUUAUGCUGGGCCAGACUUAUCGAUUUUACCUAACAAUUACUUUAACCUAGCUUCACGAACAUUUAUUCAGUUUUAUUAUCCAGAUGAUGCAAUAAGUAUCAAUGUUUGCUGGAUUCUGUUCAUUGUUCCUUCCAUUUUCCUUGGCCUUUUUGACAUUCAAUUUUUAUUGUUUGGUUUCCUUGUCAUGUGAGCCAUUUUCUGCAUAAUAAGCAUGUAUUGUGGAUAUUUAAAACCGACAAUAAUCUUGGGGUUUACUAAUCAUUAAUGUGUGGAACUUCAAAAGAUGUAAAAUUCUGUUUUUCUCUAGAUUUUUUGACUUGCGUAGAUAUUAUCAUAUUUUCGUAACUUGCGAAUUUGUGGGUUUCUGUAUGUGUAAUUGGUGCUAUAACUAUGCAAUCACAAGUAAAUUGCCCUUCAAAGGAAUUCUUUCACGAGUUAAUUCAGCAUCUGAUGUGUGAAAUCCUAAAUGCAUGUCCAACAAACAGGGUUAUCCAGGCAAAUUCUAUUGUCCAAGAAUGAACAGCAUGAAUAAACCUGCAUAUGCUGCUAUAUGUACACAUUCACCUUCAAAACCCGUCCUUAUUUUCGUUUCAUCUCGUCGGCAGACACGGCUUACUGCAUUAGAUCUCAUUCAGGUAUUAUUUUUCACCAAAUUCUGAGAACAAACUGGUCCACGGUUUCCUAUAAAAUGUGUUGGAAUCAGUUUCUUAGUUUGUGCAAACAUAAAUUUAGUUUGCAGCUUCAGAUGAACGGCCAAGGAAGUUUCUAAAUAUGCCAGAGGAAGUAUUGCAAAUGGUUAUUUCACAGAUAACCGACAGCAAUUUGAAGCACGUUUUACAAUUCGGAAUUGGGCUGCACCAUGCAGGACUUAAUGAUAAAGAUAGAUCUUUAGUUGAGGAACUCUUUGGAAAUAAUAGGAUCCAGGUAUUUUUUGACUCUAGUUAUUAGUUUCGUAUUAUUUCAUAAUAUUUUUCUUUUUCAGAAAAUAAAGAGAUUUCCUUUGUUUUGUCUUGGACGUAUUUUACGAGACACAGGUAUUGAUCAGUACAAGCACUCUGGCAUGGGGUGUGAACCUUCCUGCUCACUUGGUCAUCAUUAAGGUGAUGAUUUUUUGAGUUUAUUUUCCCAUAAUAAUACGUACUGUACAUCUGCCAUGGAAUAUUCAUUUCUUAGUGUGUGCAGGGGACAGAAUACUUUGAUGGAAAAGCAAAGCGAUAUGUUGAUUUUCCCAUAACAGACAUUCUGCAAAUGAUGGGCCGUGCAGGUCGACCACAAUUUGACCAACAUGGGAAAGCUGUAAUUCUAGUUCAUGAACCUAAAAAGAGCUUUUACAAGAAGGUCAGUAUGGAAUGGAUCUAAGUUGAGGCCUGACUUUUUUUUGAUUUUCUAUUCUAACACCUCUCAUCGUAUUUUCAGUUUCUUUAUGAACCGUUCCCAGUUGAAAGCAAUCUGAGGGAGCAUUUGCAUGAUCACAUGAAUGCAGAGAUUGUGUCUGGCACCAUAAGUCACAAGGAGGAUGCAAUCCAUUAUCUCACCUGGACUUACUUUUUUCGCCGAUUGGUAUUCAUUUUUCAUUUUUCCUCUACAUUGGGUGAACUGAUGGAACAUAGGGGAAACUUUUCUGUUUAGUUAAAAAUAUUGACUUGCCUCAUUUCACCUGCUUUUUCGGUAAAUAAAAUGAAUUGAAAUUGUGGAUGACCUUUAAAAAGCAUGUGUGUUUUUUUCCUGUAGAUGUCCUUGUUUUCCCCGAAUUUUUGUUCAUUAUCAUAUUUCUCAUACUCUUGACAAAUGAAGGUUAUAUCUGAAAAAUAUGUUUCUCCUCUGCACCUGGAAUGGAAAUGGUAGCUCGUAUAGUUGUUGGGCUGGUUCACUUGGCAUCCGUAGUGUUAGUGGAGACUAUUAUUUGCCAGAUUUAAUUUCCUUUACAUAAAACACAGAUUGAUGGUACUGGCUGCCAGCCGCUUGUUUACUUCUGUUACACAGAACAAGCCUUCUAUAUUAGGCUUUCCUCUAUUUUUCCGUUCUGUUCUCUUGUUAGGUGUAUUUACCUCUUUUUGUGUUUCCAUCAUUAGACCUUUCCAUAAAUACCGGAAAGGUCCAUUAUACGCCCAGUUUUACCUUUUCCUGCUUCCGCUGUAUCUCGAAACAACUUCGUCUGUCUUGACUAAAUCCCAUUCACUGUUCCUGCUACUGGUUCCAGCUCCUCGUUUUAUUUUGAUACAAUGCCUUUCUCUUUGAUAGAUUUCUCUCCUCCCUGAAGCAGCCAGGUGCUACCUGCUGCCAAAGAUAGGAAAGGUUUAUUUUUAUGUUUCUCUUUCUCCUGGUUUUUCAGUUUUGUUUUGCUUUUUUUCUUCUCUUUCCGUUUCAUAUUCUCUUUUCUUCCCUUUCUCCGUCCAUCUUUUAUUCCCCUAUUCUCUUGUUCCGCUUCUUCAUUUUUUACCCUACAUAUCUCCCUUGUAUCCCUCAUUUUGCUUUCGUUUUGCAUCUGUCUCAUUUCUGUUGCAUGUUUGGAUCAUCUUAUGUGGGAGACACCAGGCUUCUGAUCCAAAUCACUGAUAAAUCUUAUCCGAUAGCUUUUUUAAUUGAAUUUAUAUUGUGUCCAACGGAUUGUGGAUGCUUAGCUUUUAUCUCCAACCUGAUCUUUCUACCAUAUGGAAAGAGCACAGAUUACCUAAGAAACACAUUAGUUAUGAGCUCAUUGUUUCAUUUUCUAGACUAGGCUAUCCCUAAAAAGUCAUUUUGCUCAUGGUUUUCAGUCUUACGAAAUAUGCUUAGAUAGUGGGAUUAAAAAACGUGCAAAAUCUUCACACAAACAUUGGAACAAGGUUACAGUAACUUUGAGUUAAGUCUAUAAGGGUCACCAUUUUUUGGGCCACCAUCACUAGGCACUCUUAUGUCCUCAAUUUGAGAUUUUAGACUAGCGUCUCCAACAUCUAGUAACCCUAGAUGUUGAGGUAGAGGAGAGAACCAAAGGAGCAAAAAAAAUAAAAUUAAAAAACUAAGAAACCAUAGGGAGCCUAGUUGGGUCGUUCUACUCUUUUAUGAACCCUGAGCCUCAAGUGAGUCAAGGUCUAAAAGGCUCAAGUGACCUCAAGCUUCUCUUUGGGCCAAAUCCAACCUUCAUUUGGGCCGAAAUGAGUCCAAGGUUUACAGAGUUUAGUUGGUCUCUCGUGAGGCCGUUUGUAAAUGCAUGAAUAGUUUGAUUUCCUGAGCAAACAUAAGGAAUAGAAAUAUACCUAGAGUCAAGCUUCUCUUUGAUAAAAUGACGGCUUAUCUCAAUAUGCCUGAUUAUAUCAUACGGAAUUAUUAGCUAUAUUUAUAGCUGCACUAUUAUCAAUAAGGCUUCAGUGGAGGAUAGAUUGGAUAGCAACGUCAUGAAGGAGUAGUCGAAGCUUAAUCAACUUAGUCGAAUAAUGUGCCAUAGCUUUGUAUUUAGCUUCAUCCAUAGACGUGACCACAACUGUCUAUCUCUUGCUUUCCAUGUUACAAGGUUUUCACCAAGGUUGGUACACUAACCUACGGUAGGUCUCUGAUCAUCAUAGCAUCCAACCCAGUCUUCAUCUGGAAUAUCCCUCAAUGUGUAAGUGCUGAGACGUAGAAUGUAAUAUACUUCUGCCUAAAUUUGAUUUGAUGUACCACAAAAUCCGAUCCAUGACUUUCAUAGGUAAUGUCAGCUUGUGUAAGGAUUAAUGCGAAAGUUUUCCAAGAACCUUUUAUAUAUGCGUUUACACCAUCAGAUAGAAGUGUGCGCCCUUGUUUAUGCAGUAGAUGAUUCAUCUAAAUAGGAGUUUAGACAAGUUUACAGCCUAGUAGAGUGCAUAUUUUUGCUGACAUAUGUAAAUCCCUUCAUUAGAUUUAGUUACUUCAAUGCUAAGAAAGUACUUCAGGUUAACAAGAUCUUUGAUUUCAAACAACUUCCUUUUGAAGAUCUCCAUUCAAUAGAGCAUUUUCACAUCAACUUGGUCGAGGCUCCAUUGAUAUUGAGCACCUUGUCAAAGAUAAAUAUAAUAGAUUUGAGUUUUGCAAUAGGGGCAAAAGUUUCUUGGUAGUCUAAACCAUAUGUUUUUUACUAGUCUUGAAACUAUCAGUAGUUCCAUCUGUUUGAUACCUGAUAGUGAAUACCCAUUUUAAGCCAAGAGGCUUCUUCAAGAAUGUAGAGUCUUGAAACUAUCAGUAGUUCCUAUCGGAGGUUCUACAAGCUCUCAUAUUCUAUUUUUUGUAGAGCCCUCAUUUCAUCAUCCAUUGCAUGUAGCCACUUCGAAUCUUGUGCAGCCUCUGUGAAAAAACUCGGAAGAGAAGAGAAGGGUAAAGUAGAUACCAAAGCGUAGUAUGAGGGUCAAAGGUGAGAAUAUGACAUAUUCUUGGAUACAGGAUGCGUAGUACAAGUUCUCCCACCAUUCUUGAGAGCAGUAAGGAGAUCAAGAGGGUCAAUGGUAGGAUCGAGGGGUUGAUUACCAUUAUGUGAUGACAUAGAAUUAUCCUGUUAGAGGUAAAAAAUAUGACCAGCUCCAUGACUUUUUCUCCAAGAGUAGAUCAGUAGCUCUUUUCUUCAUGGGAUUACUUACCACUGGAGCAACUGCAUCACAAUGCGAUACAUCUCCAACAUUAGGCUCAAGUACAUGGAGAUAAUCAAAACAGGAUGGGUGAAAAUAGGACAAGAUGACAGCACAACUGUUCUCUCGACUUUAAAUCUCCCCUUGUGGAGAACUCUAUUUGAAUUGAAAGAAGAACUCGAUUUCAUUAAAUGUGAUAUCUUCAAGAAUAGAUUUCCUCUUAGUUUUUGCGUGAAAGCACUUAUGCCCUUCUUGAAGACGAGAAUAACGAAGGAGGAUACCUUUUAUGGCCUUGGGAUCAAGUUUAGAAGAUCUAGGUUAAAGACAAUGAAUAAAAUAGAGACAUCUAAACAUUUCAGAUAGAAGAUGAAAAAUAGGACCCUUAUGAAAGAGGAUCCUGAAAGGGGACUUAUUUUCAUGGACCCUAGAUGGCAUUCUAUUAAUAAUAUAGGAUGUGGUCAUAAUAGCUCUGCCCAAAAUGUUUUUUGAAGAUCAAGUUGAAAUAAUAGUGCUUGAGUUAUCUCCAAAAAUGUUUAUUUUUCCUCUCUCCAUCUCCAUUUUAUUGAGGUGUAUGCACCCACAAUGUCUCAUGCCGGAUGCCUUCGUCUUCAUGGAAAAUAUGAAAUUGUCUCUGUAUUUAUUAAUUUGCAUUAUCAGAUUAAACUCGUUUAACAUUGCAACCAUAUUGAUUUUGGAUCAUUUUACUGAAAAUCUGAUUACUAGGAGGAACCUCUGUCUUAGUCCCCGCGAAGUAAAUCCAAGUGUAAUAAGUGCAGUCAUCAAUGGAACUCAUAAAUACUUAUAGCCAUCCAUCAAUAACGGUGGAGAGGGUCCCCAUACCUCGAAAUGAAAAAGAUCAAAAGAGAAAGUAUUUUUACUACGGGAUAUAGGAAAUAGAUUAACAGUGUUUGAAGAUUUGACAAAAAUGACAUUCAGGAGACUUGGAAUUUUUUUGAGUGAACAGAGAUGGAAACAAAAUAUUUAAGAAACUAAAAGACAGAUACCCUAGACGGUGAUGUCAGUUAUGUAUCUCUUUGUUCUUCUAGUCGUUGUUCCGUGUAGUUUUUUCUGACUGAACUACUAAAUGAUAUCAUAUAUGCCACCUGAUUAUUUCUGACGAAGUUCAUGUAUAUCCCCUCAAAUCUCGACACCUACCAUCUCUUUAUCCUUGGAAGCGAGCAAAGCACCUAACUAGCUUAGAUUGGUGGAUUGGGCGUUGCUUGUUUUGUAUGGAUAUAGAUUUCCAAUUUUGAAGAUCAAGCUGUGAACAAAGUCCCUUAUGAGUUAGACAAUCCUAAGUAUAUUUUGUGUACUCACAUGAAGCUGGUGUGGCUUGCUCAUCGAGCAUAUAUAGCCUCCAUUUUCUUUUCUCAUUCCGAGUUGUGUGAUCAACUACAUAUCGUGAUUUCCUUUUAGAUUUUUUCAUGAUGUCUGUUUCUAAAAUUUAUGAUGAUUUCUUUGAAUCUUGUAUCUUUCAAUAUAAGAGCCAAUUGGAUAUCUUUCUAAACUGUCGCACCAACUGUUUCGAUUUGACAGGUUGUUAAUCCCGCCUACUAUGGUUUGGAGGACACUGAAGCUGAUACUGUUAACCUUUACUUGUCAAGGUACCAAUGUGAUAUCAUUGAAAUUAUGGCCAUAGGAUUUUGUUCUACGUGGCUCAUAUUUUUUCUUUGGGCAGGUUAGUGCAAAGCACUUUUGAAGACCUAGAAGAUGGUGGAUGCAUUAAGGUGACCGAGUAUUCUGUGGAACCUCUGAUGUUGGGAUCAAUAGCUUCCCAUUAUUAUCUCAGCUACAUGACCGUGUCAAUGUUUGGAUCAAACAUAGGACCAAAUACCUCGUUAGAAGUUAGUACCGAACUUAAAUUACUCUAACAUGUGUUAUUUUAUUUAGGUGUGUUUUUUUAAUAAAUUACCCUUACAUGAAAAUAGGUUUUCCUGAAUGUUCUUGCUGGUGCUUCUGAAUAUGAUGAACUUCCUGUGCGCCAUAAUGAGGUAAGCCACUUGUUCAUUUUAUGUGUUUUUGGUUCAAAUGUAGCAUAAAAAUCAUGAAUCAUGUCAAAUUAACCAAGGGUAUAUAAUAUUCUCCAUCUAGCAUGAAGAUGAAUGUGCACAGGAUUUGGAAGGCUACUUAUUGGAUUGGAUACUAGUUUUGUUGCGGUAUGUUGAAAUGGUGUAGUAUUAGACUAGAUGGAUGCUUUUGGACCACACACAUGUUUCCAUUGUCCACCAAACAAAAUGCAAAAGAUGGCUUAUACGUGACAUAGUUUCACAUUGCUUUUAAUUUGGAAGGUGAUGCAGACCACAUUUUGAAUGUUUUAGUACUGGAAUACGCAUUUCACUAAAAUGCAUAUGAAAGAAGAAAUUUUGAUUUUAGGGUAAAAAAGCUUCAUGCAUUUUGUGCAUCAAUGCAAGCCAAACAAACUUGGCAGGUCUGAAUUAUUGAAAUGUGUUUUAAAAUAAACACAUGCGGGCCAAAUGUGCUUUUAGGGUAAAAAAGGCUUCAUGUUGGGAAGAUUUUAUAAGUACUCUUCAAUAAAGCAGAAGACAAUCUGAAUUAUUUAGGCUUUAUUUUUAGGGUUUUCUAAAAUAAAGAACAGUGAACAAGCCUCUAGAUCACAUGACAGGCGGUGGAGAUUCACUUUAUUUUUGUAUCUUAAUUAAAAUGGUCAAUGCGAUUAGUUGGGAGCCACACAUGCGAGUCCACGUGACGGUGGUUAAUGGCAGGAGGUCUUUGUGAACUGUGGUUAGUUACGGCAGUUCAGCAUUCUUUGUCCCCCUCGUUAUCCCCCCCUCCUCCUAUCUCUCCUUCCACCCUUUUCCGGGUGGUGUAGGUUGCUGCCUAUCUUCCCCAUUCUUUUUUGUUCUUUAGAUCCUCCAUCAAAAUGCUAUGAUAUUUGUUAAAAGAUAUGACAUGUUUGUUGAUAACCACAAAUCUUAAUGCAUAAAUUAGUGCGUGUUUCUCCAAUCCUAAAUGAUUAGAGAACUGGUGCUACUCAUAAUUUUCAUUAUAAAGUUUCUCAUAACCUGAGUCCUUUUCCCAAAAAACACAGACUUUUACAAGGUUUGACUUCCGCCAUAUUCUGUAUAGCACUUUGUUCCAAUAUAUAGUGGAGCUACAGGUAAACAGACGGUUCACCCUCCCUAAUGUAAAUGGGAAGAAACAACAACCAUUUUUUUGGUAUUAAUGAUGAUGUUAUUUAUCCACGAAAAGAUUGUGUCAAAUGGUGGGUAUGCAUACUAGAUAUUAUUAGGCUUCACACUCUAGCUACUUGUAGACAAGCAUGAAAGAUAUGUUUGAUCCUUUACGUCUACCUCUAAUUUCAACAGCAGAGUAAAACUUGUAAUUCGUCUACUCAUUUUACCUGAUGUAUACAGAAAUACAUUUUGAAUGUAUUGAAUACAUGACCAUCUAAGCCACCAUGCACCAGUAGCUGUAAUCUUGUACCUAUUUCAGAUUAAAUCAAACUCCUUUUUAUCUCUAAAUUCUAAGGAUUCACCCAAUGAGUCGUCAUAUGAUUUAUCUAUUUACCUUUUUAUCAUUCAGGAAAACUAUAAUUCAGCGUUAUCUGAAAAGGUGAUGUACAAAGUUAACUUGGAUCAGCUUGAUGACCCACAUGUGAAAGCAAACUUACUUUUUCAGGUGAGUACUGUCUUCAAGAUUUAUCGAAGCAAUCUGAGGACUUCACUUUUUAUAUUAGAUGAUGCACAUUCUUUUUUCUCCCCUAAUAUCUUGUGAGUAUUUACAUCACAGGCUCAUUUUUCACGAUUGGAACUGCCUGUGACUGAUUACUACACAGAUCUAAAAUCAGUUCUGGACCAGAGCAUACGUAUCAUUCAGGGAAUGAUAGACAUAUGCGCAAAUAGUGGGUGGCUUGAAAGUGCAUUUACUUGUAUGCAUCUUUUGCAAAUGGUUAUGCAGGUUAUCCUUGUUUCACUCUUUGUUACUUCUAUAUCUGCUAUCUGUUUCUGUCAAAUUCCUGUAUAGAUUCCCAUAGGGGAUGAAUUUUUUUGUGGGCUGAUGCUUGGCAGAUCCAUUGUCUGCCCUUGGGACCAUGAUGUGGGCAUGACACAGUUUGUGGAUAAUUGGUUCACUUUCUCAUAAACUCUAGGGUUUUUCUAAUGGUAGAAAUUGCGUUCAUUCUUUCUGUCCUGAUACCUGCUUAGUGUAAGGUGUGUGUGGAAGUUAUAUUGUAUCGCAUUUCAUAAACGAAAUACAGUGUUGACAUCCUUUAUUCUGAUAUGUCUGGCAAAGUCAUUGAUUUCAACAUCAGAAGAUCCUAUCUGAAAAACAUCGACUAAGUGUGCACUGCAGGUGAUGUUUUGGAACUGAUGGGGGUUCUAGAUGACGGCAAAACAUGGUUGAACAAGCUCAUUAUUUGUGCUGGAGAAAUUUCAGGAUGUAAAAGUUCAAGUCAUUAUGUGGCAUGAGGCUGGUGAUUUUGAUGAAGUAGCAGGCAGUUAUUCUUUCUCUACAGUCUAUAAACUGGUUGCAUUAACCAUCUAAGCUUUUGAGUCUGCUUGUAACAAGUUAUUAAUGUAGAUGUGAAUGGACUAAAGAUCUUAUGUGUCAGAUUGUCUAAGACCAUGGUUUUAAGAUUCAUUAAAUUAGAUUGAGUUGGCCUAAAAAGGGUUGAUCUUCUGCUCUGCUUUUGACCUUUCACAUUCCUUAGUCUUUGAGAACAAAGGUUACGGUAGAGAAAGAAAGUAGGGAGUGAGAAGAAAGGACCUUCGGCACAAUGGAGAACAACAUGGUAGAGAAAAAAUUAGACCUAAUCGCAUGUUCCCAACUUUGUUCUGCACAGUAGCCUCUGAAUGUCAUUGCUACCGCAAUGACUAAUGCUACCAGCCAUGGCCGUUGUGAGCAUGGUCUAAAGAAUAUGUUUAGGCUUUCAGAUAGGCCAAGCCGAAUCGUUGACUAUGAAUCAACCAAGACGUGGCCAAUUCUGUAAUAUAAGGUAAUUAUGUGGUGUAUGUAUGCAUGUACAUACACGUGUGUGUGUGUUUCGUUCUUCCUUUUGAAUCGUGAUCGGAAAAUGUAGAUUCCAAACCGGAAAAUGCUGAACUGGGUUGAUAAUGGCUGAUUGUGUAGAGUAUGGAUGUGGGUGUGUGGUGUUAUUACAUGCAAGGGUUUUAGCGAGAUCAUCUGUGUUUUUUAGGUUAUUAAUCGUAUAGAGGUAAUACUUUUUUUACUUCCCCUUGGUUUGGAUACUUCACUGAAUAUCCUAAUGUUAUUAGAACUAGUUCCAAACUCUUAAUUGAGGAGUGCAAUUAGUUCAGUUGUUGAUACUAGGUAUGUUCCUAUGUUGUUUCUGUCUUUCCUGGGUUAGGUACAAACUUUUCGUUGUGACUUGUCUCCAAAGUGAUUGUUGCUUCAACCUGAAAAGAAAAAGGAUUACAACAAGAAGAUCUGUACCCUUUUAAGGUAAAUCCCACCAGAAGGUUCAAGUCUCUGUGGCUAAUAUUCGCAUGGGGGAAACUAUGUUUUGAAAAAAACCUGCAAGUUUAUAAUUCAAUUUGCCGACUUCUCGAGGAUCCACAGACGGGUUCCCGUUUUUAGAAUAUGAAGGGGAAAUAUGGAUUGCUGAACUCCAUUUUCUGGGUGCUAUAAAGAAAAUGAAGUUCACUGAGUUGUGAACUGAAAUCUGUAGAGAGUAGGUCGGUUGAGAUCCCUAGUUUUCGAUCCAGUGAAGUGGUCUGAUAGUUCCGAAGCUCCUCUUGCGUUUUUCUUUUGCAACAGCAAUAGCUUCACACACAAAAGCUCCAUUAAGCCUGUUCAUUACAUCCCUCUGGGGUACUUCUCUGAUUUCUGCAUGACCUAACGUGAUUAAUAUAUAUUUUCUGAAUAUCAUCCUGUUUCUUGUACAAUUUCUUGAUAGUAUUCAUGGAGAUAAUUAGUGGAUUGCCGGAUAUGAACAUCUGAAGGAGACUGUGCUUCAGAUGAUAUGUAAAGCAUAUGAAGACGGUGAUCACAAAGUGUAGUAGAGCAAGAUUGUUGGAGUAAAAUGUUUUCAUUCAAGGGAAUAAAUUUCCCCUUAAAAAUACUCAACAGAGAACUCGCCACAUGUGUAAAACUACGACUGCAAGGUUCUAUGCUAUGUUUUUUUGUGGGAUCUCCAUUUAGGCCAUUGAUCUUCUCGUCGUCACUUUAGGAGUCGCCCAAUUCCCAUGGAGGAUUUUUCUCAUAAAUAGCAAUAUCCUCUGAAUAGAUAGCGCUGGGUGUGGUAUGGUUUAUCCAGAAUUGGAGGAAACGAUCUGAAUUUCUUCAAUAAAACAUUUUUACUGGCUCUCCUGAGGGCAAUCUGAUGGGACAGUAAUGAAGUGUCCAGAUAUCCCGGGAGCACACUUAAGAUUCAGCUGUGAUUGCUGAGUUAACUCUAGAGGACCUCUCAAAACUCAAUUCGUAUUAGAGAUGUGUAUCUAUUGAGUAUUGAGUAUUCUUCUCUACAUUUAUCUCUGGCUGGUUUGGAAAACUUGUAGGAAUUUCUUUGCGCCAAGGACCUUUUUCCUUUCAUGAUUUUUUUAUGUUCUUCUGUUCCUGAGGAAUAAGUUAGCCCGGUUCUUUGAGCUGCCAGCUUGUUCCCUCUUUUUAUCUUCAAAGGUGUUGAGAACAGUCUUGCUUCUAAAGGCAUGAGUUUUCUCAACUUACAGAAAAUGGGCAUGAUCUACUUGUUUCAUGUUACAAAAUCUUACUGAUUACUUGCAUGGAAAAUGAACGAAUUUGUAUGCUGAAACCGUAGCUCUUUCAUUUCUGUUAAUUUUCCUGUGUUCAGGGUCUAUGGUUUGAGGACUGCUCGCUAUGGAUGCUACCAUGCAUGAAUCAAUCUCUCAUUAGUCACCUCAGAAAAAAUGGUAUUUCUAGCAUACAGGAACUACUGGAUCUUCCUAGGAAGAAUCUGCAGUUGCUUCUUCAACAAUCUUCUGGUCCUGAUUUAUAUCAGGUAUUUUUAUUGUCAUUUUCACUUGCUCAAUUUGUUUAUUUAGUUAAAAACAUACUAAUUAACAAUAUUUUUUAUGACGGGUGAAGAAUAUUCAGGAAAGGUUUAAAAUCACAUCCAUUACUGUGCGGAAAACACUUUUUUGGGGAUAUCAUGGUUCUGCACAUAAAUUUAAAAAGCAUUUCCUUCUGCCUCCCAAAAGCCUCCAUGAUCUCCAUUCGCGGAUGUAAUUUUGGAAUAUUUCUUACUUCCAGAGGCCUUCUUUUUGUUUUAUCCUAGUGUCGAACCUUAUGCAUGGCAGAAGCGCCAUCAAAUUGUCUAAUGAUUAAAAAUAAUGUUACAGCAAAGCUUUAUACUCUGUUGUCAGUCCGAUUCUUCUCUUUUGGGAGCAGUUUUUGUCUGGUAUGGAACAGAACGCCAAAAUAGGCAUCAUUAAAUUUUGUUUUCCUGAAUCAGUCCAAAAGUACAGAACAAGGGCUCUUAUCCACUUUCCAUUCAUGACUUUUCUCUCCUUCUGCCGAAAGGGAUUUAUUUUUUCAUUUUGAUGUAGAUUUCUUGAUUCAUACACUAACUAGUGAAUGAUGCGUAUCACGGAUCACUAAUUCAAAUCAUCGUAAUCGGUUUUCUAUUUCUGCAGGAUCUCCAGCACUUUCCACGUGUUCAAGUAAAAAUGAAGCUUCCUAAGAAGCAUAUUCAAGGGUCAGGGAAACGGCAUCUCAUCAUUAAUUUGGAAAGGAAGAACUUAAACCCCACAUCAAGAGCAUUCACUCCACAAUUCCCUAAGGUUUGCUUCCCCGGUGCCAUUUAACGGUUGGAUCAAAAUACUCAGGAUCCUUCUAGUCCAAUGAAUCAAAUAUUUUUAUAAACACGAUCUAGUUUAAUCGUCUAGGGAUGUGACAAUUUUAGAUGUAGAUUUGAAGUAUUACAUUCAUGUUUGUUAAUGUUUCAAGAGAGAUUGACUCCUAAUGAACAUAAUCAUGAUAUUUGGCAAAGAGUUAACAUUCUUUUUUAGAAUAGGUCUAUUAAUACACUUUUUCACGUUUGAUGCUCCUAUUGUUCUUGCGCCUGCGCGUUCUAACCUGUCUCUAUGUCAUGAUACAUUUUGACUGCAUUUUCUUGUAAAUCGUACACUCGGAGUUCUGUGGGUAAUAGAUCCUCUCCUGCUGUUUUUCGUCUUCAAGAUACUGACUUCUUCUCUGGGUACUCCAAUGGCCAUUUUUUCCUCCCGACGAAAGGAAGAAAAUCUCUUUGUGAGCGCAAAGAUUGAACGAGUCUGAGAUAUUAUCGAGUUUCAAUGAAUUUCCCCUUUUUGUUUUUGUUCGUUUUACAUGGUAGCGUCUAUCAGACGUAGCAGGACCUUAAGAACAAGUGGAUAGCACAAAGCAUAUGAAACUCGAUGGUACAUCUCAAACUAGUGCAGUCAUCAAGAAUAAGUGCCCAGAUGACCAGAUUAGUGGGUAAAUGAUUUCUGAAUUAACUUGUAUGAAAAGCAGCACUAGUCAGUGGGCUGUUCAUACAUCUAUCCUUUUAAAUGUCUAGAGCCAGUGGGUUUAUUACAUAUUCCAACAAAUUACAUGAGAAAACAAUGCCCAUGCCUAAGACAACGGUAGUUUCGAAAUCAAGCCAUCUCUCUUCCCGGGAAUGAAAGGCUCUCUGCUCUUCUCUUGUCAGCCCAAGUGGAGAUGAUCCAUUCUGAUGAGUCAACCCCUGUGGUGCAUGAAUGAGUGAAUUUCUUGAGGCCAACUUGCUGAGUCUCCCAUCAGUAGACUACCCAGUUUGUUGAACGAUGGUCUUCUCCUUCAUUGUCUACCCUAUCAUGGUGGAGAGACAGAACUUGCACUAGGAUGGGCAUGAUGGAGUAUUUGAGACGCACUCAGUUUUAUUUUAGGCUCUCUUAUAAACCUUGGAAAUAUAACAAGUCGAGAGGAAGGUCAGGCAGGGUAUUUGUGACCCAGUUUUUUACGCAAUUAGGAGUGAGAUCAUUUAUCAUUAAUUAUUUCAAUUUAUUGAAUAAUAUUUAAAAUUAUAGUUGACAGAUAUUUAUAAAAUUGCACCGUAGAUAAUCUUGUUUAAAGGGUGAAAUUGUAGUCUUUGAGACUUACUAGUUUCCACAUUAUGGUUUGAAAAAUACUCGGAUUAAAAAUGUGAAUGGCAUCUUUGAGAUCUAAGAUAUUGAACGUUCCCUUUUGCUUUGUUCGUCUGAAAACCUAACGAGAUGAAACUUCAAUAAAUCUUCCUCCAAAAAGGAAAUGAAGAACUGCAGCAGAAAGCUCCAUGAUUUCUGUGAGAAUGCAAUUUCUGAUUAUGUUUGCUGUUUCCCUUUCCCCGCAUGUAGUUUAUUUUUUCCUGUUUGAGAUAUUUUCUGGCCUGAUCGCCAACUGUGCUCCGAUGAAUCCCGUUUGCGCCGGCCGUCUUCUCGUUGACCACGCACCUUGGCUGUUUCUGACUUUUCCCGAGGGUUUUGAUUGUCCAGGUGAAAGAUGAAGCAUGGUGGGUCGUUUUGGGCAACCCCAACACGUCAGAACUUUUCAGUCUGAAGAGAUUGAGCUUCUCCAAUAGCUUGGUUACGAGCAUGGACCUGCCGCAGGAACCGGCUGGUCUGCAGGUGAAAUGUCUUGCCUGUUCUCAGCUCACAGCUCCUCCCGCCUCCACACCUACCCAACCUUGCUCCUCCUCAUUUCAGGAUCUGAAGCUGUUCCUGGUCUCCGAUUGUUACAUCGGAUUUGAUAAAGAGUACACCAUCGGUGACCUUGUCUGA